UGACUCAAACUUGAGUCAAGCUUUUCUAGCGGUAGUAGACGUCAAUUAUUGAUACUAACAGCAGAGGUUGUUUUAUUUAAGUUUUAAGCCUUAACUUAGUUUAAGUAAGCAUGAUUGUUUCGGAAUGUCUUUAACUUCAGAAGUUCCAAGUGGAAUGGCAGCAGCUAAGUCCAACCAUCCAGAAAAAACUUGUGGGGGAGAGAAGCCUUUUUCAGAAGAAGAAACAAAUAUUGAGGAAAAUCUGCAAACAAUUAAAACAAAUCAUGAUGAAGCAUAUAUUUAUGUGUCACAGGGAAUUACUUAUGAAGAAGAAGGACACCCUUAUAUGGCCAAGGAAAUGUAUAUUAAAGGUUUAAAAAAACUUGAGAAGGCAAUUAAUGUCCGAUGUGACCGACCAUAUUGUGCUGGUCGUCAGUGGAAUGAUGCACGGAAGAUGCAGCAGAAGAUGAGGCAAACCAUAUCAGAAGUAGAAUCAAGGAUUAGAGUUUUAACAAAAUUGCCACAACCAAGUUCCCUCAGUCUAGUGAGUGAAGAUAAUCUUCCAUCAUAUGAAGAGGCUUGCCCAUUGGUUCCAGUCUCCUCACCUUCAACUAAUAUAAGUAAAAAUCAUGACAUUUCUGAUGUCUCCAUUUCAUUAUCUGAAAGUAUGCUUGAUGGUGAGUUGGGAGAAGUUGCAGAUGAUAUACAAGUUGAAGCUGAGAGAGCUGAAGAGCUAUUUUCUAUACCUGGAGGAGUACAGUUAUUUUGUGUGUCACCAGAGGGCUAUGUUAGUGUACCUUCAAGCCCUACUUGUUUAUACAUAUACAAAUUUACUGCUUCUGCUUCAGGUCAGGCAUCCACCCGACCUCCAGCCUGGCUACAAAUUGGGAAUUGGAGUUACCCGUUGCUACCUGGAAAAUCACCAGUUCUUCAUAGUGGCUUUGGAGCCUUCAUGUUCCCUGAUGUCACAUCACGAGAACAAAAGGCUGCUGUAGGAGUAAUUCUUCCUGGAGAAUUGGAUCCAAAAGAGCGAAUAAGAUUUGAGCAGAUUUUGUCAGAGCUAACAGUUUUUGAAGAAGAACCCAAAUCUAAGUUGUUUAAAACUGUAUCGGAAGAAGAAAGACUUAGUCACAAGAUCUCUCGUGGAAUUGUUGCAGGAGCGGAAAUGGUUUCAUUGGGUCUUGCUAAAGGAAUGGAAUACACAGGAGAAUGGGUUAGAAAAGGAGCAGCCAUGCUUAGGGAAAAGGUCCCUCAAUCUCAUCAGCCUUCUACUGUUGACCCUCGAGUUCAACGUGGACUGAAGGUUGCUGUGAAAGCUUCAGGAACUGCUGUAAGAGUCAGUGGAUACCUGGUAUCCAAGUUAGGGAAGCUUACAAUGGCGCUGGGAGAAUGGGCUGUUCCUCAUAUUAAAAACCAAGGCAGCAAAGUUCUGUCAAAGACGUUACAAGUGGAUGUUCUUGAUUCCAAAAACUCUAUGGAUGAUGUACUAAUAGUAGCAGCAGGAAGUGUAGCAGGUUUUUCUACUGUAUAUAUGGGUUUAGAAAAGGCUGCUAAGGCACUGGCAUCAUGUCUAGCAGAUGAAACUGUCCAAGUGGUCCAACAUAGGUAUGGAAAAGAAGCUAGUGAAGUGGCCAGUGAUGCUGUACAGUCUAUAGGGAAUUUAGCAUAUGCAACAUACAAUUUCAACUCCUUAGGGGUAAAAGCGAUAGCCAAACGUACUGCCAAAGACACAGGAAAAGCUGUUCUUAAGGAUUAUAUUGAGCAGGUAGAUAAAGGUAAAGACAGAAAAGUUCAACAACAAGGGACAAGUGGUUAUCUUGAGAACAAACCAGAUUCAUAUCACACAUCAAAUUCUUUAAUUAGCAAUCAUCCAUCUAAUCCUGCUUGUAGCCAUAAUUCAUUGUCUACAGUUAAUCCUGCAGCUAGUGGUAGCACAUAUAAUUCUGCAACUGUAGAUAAUCCAUCAUAUUCAGCUUCUCCAUUGGCUAAUGAUAACACAAAAACAAAUUAUCCUCUUGUUAAUAAUUAGGUUUGAAUAAAUUAUUUUUGAGCAUAUUUUUAUUGUCCUUAGAAAUAAUUUAAUCUCAUUAGUUGGUUUAUGGCCUGAUAGUCCAUAUUAUUUUUCAGGUAUAGAUAUAAAGAAAAUGCAUAAUAUAUAAUAUACAAAGUGUAUAUUACUUAUUUACAAAAUACUUUUUGUGUUUUUGCUUGACAUAACUGAAAUAUAAAAACUGUGUUUAGCUUAACUUAAAAGUACUAAAUAUUAUAGUCUUACCUUUUUACCAGCAGUUAAUACUUUUGAGACUUGAUAAAUCAGAUAAACAGAGUAAAAUUUAAUGAAAGUACAACGUUUCACCAGGUUAACCUGGCAUUCAUCGGGUACGUCAACUACAAUGAAUGAAUUGAAACUACAAAUAUAUAUAUAAUAUGGUGCAAGGGUACAUUGAACUUUGAUUGGGUAAAUUUAACAGUAAGGUAUGAUAUUUCUGGAGGGUGUUUAUUGAUAGGGCUUGACUUAUUGAGGGUCAAUGUCCAUAAUCAACAAAAUAGGAGAAUACAAGUACUCUUUCAAAAAUGUAAAAUAUUAUAACAACAAAAUUUAUAAAUUAAAUACUGUAACUUGAAAAUUGUAAACAGAGUUAAAGUGAUUCACAGAAAAUAAUAUAAAAAAAACUUUUUGAACAUAGUUAAGUUAAAAUUAGAUGACUGUUGAAUGUUUAGGAUUAUGGCCAAAAGAUUUUACUCAAUAUCAACAUUCUUAAACAACUAAGUAAUACAGUGUAAAGUUGAGGGUAUACUGUUAUGGUUGAAAUAGGCACUUUUGUAUAAUAUAUACAUAGUUUCAAUUCAUAGUUUGUCAAGUUUUCACUGAAGAACUAAAAGAAAAAUUCAACAAAGAUUAUAUCUUAAAUACUUAAACAUUUUCGAGAGUUAAGGUUAUCUUGAUAUUUUAAACAGUGCUCUUAAUGUGGUUUGAAAAGUAAAAAAAUAAAAAAAUCACUAUUAGUUAAAAUAAAAACUUAAUAAUGUUAACAGUAAUA